AUGAAGAAACCAAAUAUACCCAGGGCGAAGUCAACCGCAGAGUUGAUUGUCUCCGCUGCGGCCACGGUGGCCAAGCCGGCAGCUGAACAAGUAGAUCGGGAUCGCGAUAAGGCAAUAUGCCACGUGAAAGAAACCGACGAGGUACAUGAGUCGGACAUAAGGGCGACUGACACCAAAGAGGCGGCAGUACAGGAAGAGUAUACUGAACUUGGCAAAGGUCUGGUUGACCACGAACAGAGGCCCAAUGGCGUCGGUGGCUAUGAGCAUCUAAUGUUACGAGAUGAGGACACGAUUAGCACAUAUCAUGGCUCUGGGACAGCACGGUCAUUGAUGUCAAACCAAGUGUCAUACUUCUUCGAUUGGCAGGGACCGUCUAUGACGAUCGACACAGCGUGCAGCUCAAGUCUUGUUGCUGUACAUCAAGCCGUUCGACAACUCCGUUCUGGCGAAUCUCGCGUCGCUGUGGUUACAGGCGUAAACCUGAUCCUUGAUCCGCAAUUUUUCAUCAGCUUCAGCAAGCUACAAAUGCUGUCUUCCGAAGGACGUUCGCGCAUGUGGGACGACAAGGCCAGUGGCUAUGGACGUGGCGAAGGUAUUGCAGCGGUGGUGUUGAAGACCUUGAACGCAGCUGAAGCAGAUGGCGACCAUAUCGAGUGUAUCAUUCGCGAGACACGGGUCAACCAGGACGGGAAAACCCCCAGCAUUACGGUCCCUAGUUCCACAGCCCAGAGCAGCCUGAUCAGGCGAUGCUAUGCACGAGCAGGGCUCGAUUUGGCCAAUGCAGCUGAUCGCCCCCAGUACUUUGAGGCGCAUGGUACGGGCACACUGGCAGGGGACCCCGUGGAAGCUGAGGCUAUCAGUUCUGCUUUCUUUCCAGUCUCCAAGCCGUCGUUGAAUGGUGCUCAGCCGCUCCUGGUGGGCAGCAUCAAAACCGUUAUCGGCCACACAGAAGGCACAGCCGGACUACACUUCUUCGGUUUUGGUGGUACUAACGCUCACGCAAUCCUGGAAAACUAUGAGUCUGCCGAAUCUCUCAGCUCUUCUCCACCAGAUGAAUCACCCAACUUCCUGCCCCUUGUGUUUUCAGCUGCUUCAGAAUCUUCUCUUUUGGCGUAUCUCGACGCCUUCUGUGUGUAUCUGCGGGGGGGACCCACACUGAGCCUUCGGAAUCUUGCGUACACCCUAGAGUCUUGCAGGACGUCUUUCCAGAUAUCUACUAGUGUGGCUGCUAGGACGGUGGAAGACCUAUGCACAAAGCUCGAAGGGAAGAUCCAGGGCGCGCGAUCUAAUGCUGACGAACUCGCUGGCCACAGGUCUAUGUUUAGGCUGCCGGACCACAAGCCGCGGAUCAUUGGGAUAUUCACUGGUCAAGGCGCUCAAUGGCCACGGCAAGGGUCGGACUUGAUCGAAAACUCCCCUACUGCUUAUCGUACACUUGAGGCCCUCGAACUGCGCCUCGCGCGACUCCCUCCGCAAGACCGCCCAACUUGGUCAUUGAUUGAGGAACUCCAGAAGGAACCAUCCUCGUCACUGGUUCACCAGGCUGAAUUAUCUCAACCGCUAUGUACAGCGAUCCAGAUCCUACAGGUCGAUGUGCUCCGCGCAGCUGGAGUGGUCCUUUGCGAUGUUGUCGGUCAUUCUUCAGGGGAGAUCGCAGCCGCGUACGCGGCUGGUCGUAUUUCGGCGGAAGACGCUAUCUGCAUUGCGUACUAUCGCGGCCGAUAUUCCAAUAUGGCUCAGGGCUCGAGAGGCCAGCCGGGUGCAAUGAUGGCGGUCUCGACCUCCCUCGAGGAUAUCCAAGAACUCUGCGAAUUUCCCGACUUCAAGGGGCGCAUUUGCGUUGCAGCUGUCAACUCGAAGGCUAGCAUUACCGUUUCAGGCGACAAGGAUAGCAUCGAGAAGCUGCAGGAUAUCUUGCACGACGAGAAUAAAUCAGCGAAAAUGCUGAAAGUCGAUACAGCAUAUCACUCGCACCACAUGUUGCCCUGUUCCGAUCCUUACCUCGCGGCUCUCGAAGCGCUGCAGAUCCGGGUUCGCGCAAGCAACGGAUGCAGGUGGUUCUCCAGUGUGUCCGAAGGCGACAUGGCGAGCAUACAAGACGCGCUGGAGGGCGAGUACUGGAAUAGUAAUCUCUGCAAGCCUGUGUUGUUCCUGCAAGCCGUUCGUCUUGCCUGCAGGGCGCAGGGGCCAUUCGACUUCGCUGUUGAGCUCGGGCCUCACCCGGCCCUGAAAGGCCCCGCGCUUCAAAACAUCAUCGACGCGUCGGACAGCAAGCUGCAGGUGGACAUCCCUUACGCAGGACUCUUCCACCGCGGCAAAGGCGCCAUCGAGACUGUUGCAGAAGCUCUUGGCUGCAUAUGGUCUCAUCUUGGGGAGUGCAGCGUCGACUUUGGAUCCUAUGACAGGUUCGUGUCGGGCCUCGCAGACAAGAGGCAAAGGUUAGUCAAAGGAUUGCCAACUUACGCAUGGGACCACAGCCAUGAGUACUGGCACGAGCCGCGAUAUGCGAAGGCCCAGCGAAGUAGGCCAGACCCUGUGCACUCUUUACUCGGCCACAGAACCCCGGACAGCACCGGAACAGACAUCCGCUGGCGUCAGAUACUACAUCCUAAGGAGAUCCCAUGGCUCAAUGGCCAUCGGUUGCAGGGUCAAAUCGUCUUCCCAGCAGCAGGAUAUGUUGUCCUGGCGUUGGAGGCCGCACUUUCGAUAUGUCAAGACACCGCUGUGCGUCUGAUUGACGUUGCCAAGCUUGAGAUACUCAAGGCCAUGACCUUUGACGAGGAAAAUACUGGCGUGGAAGCCGUCUUUUCUCUUUCAGAUAUCAGUCCACGUAGUGGUCGAUUAAUCGAUGCCAGUUUCAGGUAUCAUGCGUCAGAUGAGAGACGUGGCGACUCUCUUAGCUUGCUUGCGAGCGGGCGUAUACGUGUGACGCUCGGCGAGUCUGCGCCUGCAUCUCUUCCCUCUAGAAGCUCGCGUCAAACGCACCUUUACCCUGUCGAGGUCGACGACUUUUAUGCGUCACUGCGUGAUCUCGGAUACCAAUACUCACCACCGUUCACUGGGCUGAGCCAUAUAGAAAGAAGGCUCGCUGCAUCCACGGGCUUCAUUGCUAACGUCCAAACAGCAGAUCUCCUUAUCCACCCCGCCGUGCUUGAUGCCGCUUUCCAGUCUAUCUUCCUGGCGCAGUCUUUUCCCAACGAUGGUGGGAUCUGGGCGUUACAUGUUCCGAAGAGAAUUCGAAAUAUCAGAGUGAACCCCGGGCUCUGUGCGGAGACCGCCAAGUCGGCUCUGCUGCCAUUCGACUCGGUCCAACCUGAAAAUGGAGCACCGUUCUCAGGCGAUGUCGAUAUAUAUGCGGACAGCAUAGGUCAUGCGAUGAUUCAAGUCGAAGGACUGACGCCGAAUUGGCAGAGUGUUCCACUUGCUACCACCGCAGCCAGAGACGACAAGGAGAUGUUCGCAACAACAACUUGGAGCGUUGCUGUACCCGAUGCCAGACUAGCUCUGCAAGAAGGCAUGGUAACGCCAGAACACCGCGAACUGGCUUGUACUCUUGAGCGGUCUGCGAUCUUCUAUCUGCGCAGACUGGACCACGCUUACCCAAGCGACCAUCCGGCCAGGUCUGAAGGACCAAUCACGGGUAUUUUCCAGUACGCGUCACACGUUCUCGCCUCAGCUCGCGAGUCGAAGCUACCGUACUGGAAACCAGAGUGGGAAUUCGAUACGUUCGAGCAAAUAUCCAUGGCCUGCCAGCGCUACUCUGAUACUGCGGAAGUUGAGCUGCUUCAGGUAAUUGGAAAUGACUUGGUUGAGAUCGCCAACGGCGAAAAACAAGCCCUUGAGUUUGGUAUGGAGAACCACCUACUAGAAAGGUAUUACACGCAAGCACCCGAUAUAUCAGUCUUCACCAAAUACCUGGCCACAAUCAUCGGGCAGAUCACGCAUCGAUAUCCGCACGUCCAUGCCCUUGAGGUUGGCGCGGGCACAGGAGCUGCUACAAGGGAGAUCUUGCAGGGAAAUGAACAUGUAUUUGCCUCUUACACGUUUACGGACAUCUCCUCCGGCUUCUUUGGUCGCGCGAGCGAAGUGCUCAGCGGUCAGCACAGCAGAAUGGCCUUCAAGAUCCUGGAUAUCGACAGCGAUCCAUGCUCACAAGGCUUCUCUGAGCACUCACGUCUUCUGAGGCCAGGAGGCUAUCUCGUGCUUGAGGGCUUACCGGACACUGCCAUUCGUCUCGGAGCGAUAUUUGGGGCUUUUCUCGGCUGGUGGGCCGGCUCAAACGACAAUAGAACUCUAUCGCCCUUCGUCAGCCCAUCUAGAUGGGACCAGUUGCUUCGUGCCGCAGAGUUCUCGGGCUGCGAUACUGUCACUGAGAAUCCUGACCUUUUGGCCAUGCCCUUGAGUGUCUUCGUCUCUCAGGCCGUGGAUAACCGGAUCCUCUUCCUUCGAGAUCCGGUGUCAUUAUUUCGGGAACAAUUUGGGCCUGGCGAUCUCAUCAAAACCCUGGUCCUUGUUGGAGGAAAGAGCCUGCGAACAUCUCGACUUAUCGCGGAGUUACAGACGCUCGCACGCCCGUUCUGUCAAAACGUAAUGCUGGUGUUGUCCUUACCACACAUGAGUUCCUUACUAUUCAACUCUGAUGCCACUAUUGUUAGCUUGACAGACAUAGAUGAGCCCCUUUUCAAGAAUCCCUCCGAGGCUGCCUGGGAAGCUCUAAAGGCAGCGUUGCUGAAAGCAAAGAGUCUGUUGUGGGUGACACAUGCACGGGAUUCCAAGAACCCUCAUGCGAGUAUGAUCCUUGGAUUCCUGCGCUCUUCCCUACGCGAGAUUCCCACCCUUGACUUCCAAAGUUUGGAUAUUGAAGACGCUCAGCAGAUCAAAGCUCAGCUUAUCUUCGAAAGUAUCCUGCGACUGAAUGCCAUCAAAGCGUGGCAACGAGAAGGUACGACUAGCGAUAUGCUGAUAACGGCCGAGCCCGAAGUGAAGCUAAGUGAAGAUGGCCAUGCGAUGAUUCCGCGUCUGCAAAUGAACCGACGCAUGAAUAAUCGGUACAAUUCUUCACGACGAAUCAUCACGUUCAAAGCCCGCCCAGACAGCCAGACUGUCAUUGUGGCCUCGUCUGACUCGGGGUAUCACCUUCAUCUCCGGCUACGCUCGAUUGGACCCCCAAAGUCCGACUGCCUCCGUGUUUCACAUUCUUUUCUGACAGCAGUCAAGGUGUCCGAGACUAGCUGCAUGUUUCUGGUCAUUGGGGUGGGAUGCGAGUCUGGGGAGCAGCAGGUCGCUUUAUCGGACUUACACGGAUCUCUGAUCCGUCCAGGGAUACACCUCUCCGUUCCGGUGACUGUUCCUUCCGGGCUCGAGCCUGCACUGAUCACCAAUAUCGCUCAUACACUGGCUGUAUCUGUCGUACUGAGGGGCUUGGUAGAGGGAGACCAUGUUCUCGUGUAUGAGCCACCCGCCGCGUUCGCUGCAAUACUGGCGGAGACAGCUGCGCUCGUCAACGUCCAUGUCACGUUCGUUUCAUGCCGCCCAAGAAGUGGUGCCCACAAUUGGAGGACGAUUCACCCAUACGCUCCUGGGCGACUCCUGUCUCUUUUGCCUCUUGAAAAGUUCGCUGUUUUCGUGGACUUCAUAGGAGAUAGUGAAAACCGCUUUCUUAGCGAUCAUAUUCAUUCACUCCUAUCCCCCAACUGCCGCCACGAGAAGGAACAAACGCUUUUCAGCAACCGAUCUUGGGUACCUCGCGAUUCAGACCUCAAGGACAUACGAACCCAGCUUCAGAAGGCCAUAGCAACCGCUGAAGCCCACUGUGCCAGUCUCGGGCCAAGUGACUUUCGCACCAUAGCCCCAAGUGAUAUCUCUGAUCUCAGAACGGAUCCAGCGCCUCUUGUCACUAUAGACUGGACCAGAGAGCUGCAGACAUCCAUCAAGGUGCAACCAGCGGAUUCUGAAAGACUAUUCAAAGGUUCAAAGACCUACUGGCUUGCUGGCCUUGGCGGCGGACUCGGAUUGUCCCUUUGCGAAUGGAUGGUUCGCCACGGAGCUAAGCAUGUCGUUCUUUCCAGUAGGCAACCCAGCAUUGACGACUCAUGGCGGAGCAAGAUGUCGGCCGCAGGUGCUAUGAUCAGAGUGUUCUCUUGCGUCCGUAAAGCGACCUUACCAAUCUGCAAGACACUUCACGCGUUGUAUACUAAGAUAUGCUCGAGUAUGCCCCCCAUCGGGGGCGUGGCUCAAGGCGCGAUGGUCCUCGAGGACGCCCUUAUACGUGACAUGACGUUCAGUCCGCUGCGCGAUGCUACCCUCCCCAAAGUCGAUGGGAGCUGUAUUCUCAAUGACCUGCUACGUGACUGUACGCUUGAGUUCUUUGUGUUCUUCAGCUCCGCCUCUGCUGUGGUUGGCAACCCUGGGCAGUCCAAUUACUCGGCAGCAAAUUUGUUCAUGUCCAGUUUGGCAGAGCAAAGGCGAAGACAUGGACAAGCAGCAUCGGUAAUCAACAUCGGGCCUAUACUUGGUGUUGGGUAUGUUACUCAGCAGGGUAUCGACAUAAAAGUACAGGUACAAGCAGAAUCUCAGAUGUUCAUAUCUGAACACGACUUUCAUCAGCUGUUUGCAGAAGCCGUUCUCGCAGGGACGCCGGGCUCCUGUGGUCCCAUCGAAAUCACCUCAGGUGUAGCAAGGGUUAACCACUCCCAAAGGUCCCAGCCAGCAUGGGCAUCAAACCCUGUGAUGAGCCAAUUCAUUCGAUUUGACGAACCAAUCGAUUUGAAUACAGCUGUUUCUCAACAAGACGUCCCUGUCAGGACCCAACUCGAAGAGGCGCGUACCAAAAUUGACGUUCUAGGCAUCAUUGCCGAAGCUCUGAUUCCGAAGCUCUGUGUUCUCUUCCAGCUCCAAACCGAAGACCUCGCAAGAGAAAAUCUCAGUAAUUUGCAUCUGAACGCCAUGGGAACCGACUCACUACUUGCUAUUGAUAUUCGGAGCUGGUUCAUGGCCAUUUUUCAAGCCAACAUUCCUGUUCUGAAGAUCCUAGGCGGCGCGUCGGUGGGUGAAUUGAUCGAAAUGGCGGCAGAAGCUAUUCCCCUGUCAAUGCUCCCGAAAAUGCGGGCAGAUAGUGAUGACUCCUCCAUGUUGGCAACUUCCGCGUCCGAGGUUGAAGGCCCCUCGAACCCCUCGAAAGGUCACUCUGACUCUGAACCUCAAAACGGUUCGAGUGGUAGCCAUGAGACCAGACCAACCUCAACAACGUCAAGCCAAGACCAUUUCGACAGGUCUCAAGACAUCGUAGCCUCCGGGCCUUACCUCCAGCAGACAGCCAAGCUCUCCUUCAGCCAGUCUAUGUUUUGGUUCGUCUUGAUGUUCUUGAGUGACAAAGCUGGUUUGAACCACACUGGAUCGUUCCGUUUGAGAGGGAGGAUCAAUCCUGGUCGAUUUGAGAUGGCUUUGCAGGCCAUUGGGUAUCAGCAUGAAUCACUAAGGACCUUCUUCUUCGAGAAAAGUGGCCAGCCAAUGCAGGGGAUAAUGGAUUCGAGCACCUUACGAGCAGAGUAUCGACAGAUAUCAAGUGAGGACGAUGUUGCUAAAGCGGUGGAGGAGCUGCAACAUCAUGUCUUUGACUUGGCUCACGGAGAGACCAUGAGGAUCAUGCUUCUAUAUCAGUCGCCGACAAUCCAGUACCUUGUGCUUGGAACGCAUUCUCUCAUUGUGGACGGUUGGCCACUCACGACUCCGUCGUCCUUCAAGUACUCAGACCGGCAAUACGUGGACUUCGCGCAUGGACAGUUCGACGGCGAACUUACUUUCUGGAAAUCUGAGCUUGCGGAGUUGCCUCCACCCUUGCCGAUUCUUCGCUUAGGGCGCGCCGUGUCGCGCCCACCGCUUACUCUAUACGACAAUGAGCGAGCUUUUAUCAGGUUCAAGCCGGACCCAAAGGGCAGAAUCCAGACACUUUGCCGCAGCUGCAAGGUCACCCCGUUUCACUUCUACUUGGCCGUGUUCAGGGUGUUGCUGCUACGAUACGCCGACGCUGGGGAUGUCUCGGUUGGAAUAGCGGACGCAAACCGCAAUGACGAGGAGACAAUCAACAGCAUCGGAUCGUUCGUCAACCUCUUGCCACUGUCCUUCCACGCCAAUGCAAACACCAAGUUUCAUGUACUGCUCGAAGAAACGCGCGAUAAGGUGUUCGCAGCCAUGGCCAACUCACGAGUUCCGUUCCAGGUCCUGCUUAACGAGCUAGAUAUUCCUAGGUCGGCCACGCACACCCCAAUCUUCCAGUCAUUUGUUGACUACCGCCUGGGCCAACGGGAGCUUACCCAAUGGGCCGAUUGCCAGCUCGAAAUGCAGAGUUUCCACGUUUCCAAGCUAGCAUAUGACGUUGCCCUUGAUAUCAUUGACGACCCCGAUGGCGACUGUCAGGUCGCGCUUAUAGUUCGCAGGGACUUGUACAGCGAGCAAGAUGCUGGAUAUUUAGCUAAGAGCUUUCGAAUCAUGGUUGAAGCGUUUUCCAAAGAUGCCGAAAUGGAAAUAAUCCGGGCGCCCAUAUACGACCACACAGAUGUCAGCAGAGUGACAGCGUUCGGACAAGGUCCACGGCACAAAUCCUCAUGGCCAGAGACGAUUCUUCAUAGAAUCUGCGAUGUAGCUGAGUGUCUGUCAACCGAACUUGCAGUCGAUUGGAUGGACGGCUCGAGCGUCACGUAUGCGGAAUUACUAGUCAGGACGGCUUCCGUUGCCAACGCGCUGAAGAAUGCUGCAGUCCAGUUCGGGCAACGAGUUGCUGUCCUACAAGCGCCUACUCCAGACUGGAUAGCAUCAGUUCUGGCAAUCAUGCAAGUUGGCGCUGUAUAUGUCCCUUUUGACCUGGGCAAUCCAUGGAGCCGGUUGGCGGCGUUGAUGAGGGACUGUCAGCCCAGUGUCAUUCUUGUCGACGACGAGACGCAACAGCACACCGAGAGACUGGGCGUGACGGUGCUCACAAUCAUCAACGUCGUAGGCCUAGAACUUAAUGCGUCCAUCCGCUUGCCCAUCAGUGCCACCGCUCCAGGUACAGCAGCUAUUCUAUACACAAGCGGAUCAUCGGGCAUCCCCAAGGGAAUCAUGCUGAAGCACAAAGGCCUGCGCAAUUGGCUGGAACACACAGCGCAAGUAUACGAGCUUGGUUCCGAACGCGUCUUGCAGCAAAGUUCCUCAGGCUUCGACAUGUCACUCAUUCAAAUAUUCACCGCUCUGUGUUUUGGGGGGUGCAUUUGCCUGGUCCCUAGACGGCACCGUGGCGAUGCUGUGGCUAUCAGCGACCUCAUUUACGCCCGACGGGUCACUUACACGUUCUGCUGCACGUCCGAGCUUGUCACUUGGUUGAAGUACGGUAAUCCAGUCCAGCUUUCACGUUCAGCAUGGCGUAGAGCAAUAACAGGUGGCGAGCCGGGGGUAGGUGAACUACUCCGGGACUUUGCGGAGCUAGAAAAAGGGGAUCUUCGCCUAUAUCAUGCUUACGGUCCGACUGAAACCUCAUUUACUGCCGCGACCAUGGAGCUACUUUACAAUGAUCGAAACCAGGAAUGGGCUUCCGGGAACGUUGCCGUCGGCUAUACUCUACCCAAUUACACUGUAUAUAUUCUCGACGAGUACGCAGACCUUGUGCCCCCGGGCGUUCAGGGGGAGGUCUGCAUCGGCGGGCCAGGCGUUGCUGCUGGUUACCUGAGUAGGGAGGAACUCAACAGAGAGAGGUUCAUACCCAACGUAAUGGCCUCCAAGAACGAUCUGGGUCGCGACUGGAACACGAUACAUCGCACUGGCGAUUUGGGUCGGUGGGGCGAGACUGGCGCCCUUUUCAUCGAAGGCCGAAUUUCAGGUGAUACGCAGAUCAAGCUUAGGGGCUUGCGUAUAGACCUACGCGAGGUGGAACAUGCUCUGCUCGAGACGGCCCAGGGACAACUUGGCGAGGCAGUAGUCUCUUGCUGCCGCAUGUCGGCAUCGGACCCGGAGUUCCUCGUUGCUCAUGUGGUAUUUAACCAGAUUGUCUCAGAGGAUAAGUGGUCCCAGGUUGCCACGUCCCUGCCACCCAGACUGGACAUACCUCGUUACAUGUGUCCUGGCAUUGUUGUGCCGGUUACUAGCCUCCCACGAACAAACACUGGAAAGCUUGACCGGAGAGCAGUUGCGGCGUUACCACUGCCAAAUAUCAGCGUGAGAGAGGUCGGGCUUUCACGGACUGAGACUCUGCUGGGGAGCAUCUGGUCAGACAUCAUUCCGGGCAACAUGGCUAACACGAAUCGCAUCACGCCUAGUACGGACUUCUUCCACAUCGGAGGGACUUCACUGCUGCUCCUUGAACUCCGAAGGCGCGUACGCGCAGAUUUCGACACCGAGCUAAGCUUGAUAAGCAUGUUCGAUAUGAGCACGCUUGAAGCCAUGGCGUCCGCGAUUGAAGGCAGAGGCGAGCACCAGUCAUCAUCGGUCGUGGUGGACUGGGAGCAUGAGGCAGGUCUCACUCUUGCAAUAGCGCACGCAGGGCAUUUGCAGCACGUUGUUCAUGCUGAUUCGAAGACCGUCGUUCUGACCGGCUCAACCGGCUACCUAGGCAGCGCAAUUCUCGAUGCUCUCAUUGAGGAUCCCUUGAUCAAAUCAGUGUACUGUAUAGCCGUGCGCGACGUGGGCAGGCGACACAUACCAGAGCACAGUAAGGUCACAUUCUAUGAGGGUGAUCUUCUACGCGGCCGUCUCGGGCUGUCGGAGCAAGACGCGAAACGGAUUUUCCACGAAGCCGACAUGAUCAUCCACAACGGCGCUGACGUCUCGUACGGGAAGACGUGGGCGUCUCUACGACUAUGCAACUUACAAGCGACCAAGGAGCUCGUGGAGAUGAGCUUGCCGCGACUGGUGCCGUUCCACUAUAUCUCCAGUGGCGGCGCGUGUAGUUUCGCCGCUGCGGCAGGCUGCCACGAAAUCGGCCCCGUGUCCGUCGCGCAAUAUCCGCCGCCCAGCACGGUGGCUCCUGGCUACGCUGCUAGCAAGUGGGCGAGCGAGGUCUUCCUCGAGAAGGUCCACGCCCACCACCCCGGCUGGCCCAUCUACAUCCACCGGCCAUCCAACAUCGCGCGUGCCGGCGAGCCGCAUCUCGACCUCAUCCACAACCUGCGCCAUUUCUCACGCGUGAUGCGCGCAGUGCCGGUGGCGCGUGGAAGCGCCCGCGGAGCGAUCGACUCGGUCGACCUCGGCGAGGUGGUGCGGGGCAUCAUGGGUGCCAUCCACCCGCCGGAUGGAGAAGAGGAGCACGGUCGGGACGAGAAGCUGCGGUUCCUGCACCACGCUGGCGGCGAUCACCUCCCGCUGGACGACAUGCGUGCGUGGGUGGCCGAAACCGGCAUGGGGGCCGCCGACUCCGAGGAGUGCAGGCCACGCUCUGAAGUCGAGCAGCUGCCCUUCGCGGACUGGGCGAGGCGCGGCGGCGAGCACGGCAUGGACCCGGUUGUGGUGGCCUUCCUGCAGGCCUUUGAGAACCGUGGCGAAAUGGUCUUCCCGCGGCUCAUGGGCGAGGUGAUCGUUGACAGGUCGAUGUGA